GGCAAGGCGCGGGAUUGCGGCCAAACAUUUGGCACCGACGGCGCGCAUGCGUGUGGUGGAUUCCGUGAAGGCGCCGACUGCUAGUAACGGACAGCGGGGCUGCUGAGAUCGGUGUAGUCCGGCGGCUUAAGGCUCUCUCCUCAUUAAUGGACUGAGCGAUCCGCAUCGGGAAGCUUUCUAGACUGCUCAGGUAAGUUUGUUGUGAAGAUGCCUCUACACGGUGAAAUAGUUGUAAUAAAAAGAAAUGGUACAGAUGGAACUCACUUUCCAUUGACGGCAACAUCGUGCUUGUUUGGAAGAAAAACAGAGUGUGACAUCCGCAUUCAGCUGCCACAUGUCUCCAAAGAACACUGUAAAGUUGAAGUCAAGGACAGUGGAGAGGUAUUUGUUACCAACUUAAGCUCAGUGAACCCAACUCAGCUCAACGGAAACGUUGUUAAACGGCCAGUACACCUCAAGCAUGGAGAUGUAAUCACAAUUAUCGAUCGCUCAUUCAGAUUUGAAAAAAAAACUGCAAAGCAAGGAAAACGGAGAUCAACAGGGCUCGAUUCUGAAACCUUUAAGGUGUUUGCAAGUAACCAACCUUCAGACAUAAAUGAAACCGUGCGGAUUGAAACUCUAACCAGUAAAACGCAACGCAAAUCUGAAGGAAACCUCAACAAAACUACGCAUUCACGUCGAUCGCUGCAGGUUUCCUCUUCGUCAGAGACCAGAAACAACCUGUCCCCCUUUGGCGAAUUGUAUGAAAUGCUUAAAAGUAAAGUGGGUGCUCAAAAAGAAAAUGGUACAACACCCGUGAAAGAUAAAGGAAGCUCCCCAAAAAAUACAGCGCUAAAGAGAAGCCUUCAAAUUCAAGACAAUUCCCAGUCUCCUAUUGAAUCCAAGCGCACUUCUAGACGAAGUCAAUCAAGUGACAGCCCAGUAACACGUCCCAAGGAGGUAGUUAAAUCAAGAUCAGCUUCUACUGGAGGAGUCAGAGAGGCCUCAAAGAGUCCCUCAAGGAGUCCUAAAACUUCCUCUAAGGAGUCUUUAGCGGCUAAAGAGCUUGAACAGACAACAAGGAGAACUCCUAGCAAACGGGCUUCUCAGUCAGUGCCUGAGGAGCAGAUUAUUCCCAGUGUAAAUGGAAGCGUUGAGAAACUAUCUCCCAGAAGGUCUUCAAGCAAAAAGCAAAGCCAAGUAAUUACUCGGGUACUCUCUACCCCUACUAACACCAAAAUACCUGACUCUUCAACACCUCAGUCUGUCCCUGAACAGCCAGUAUUAAAGAACCAAGGGAGCUCUCCUCGAGGUAAAUCUCCUACUCAAGGAAGACUAAGUGCAUCCAAAUCGCCAAAAGCCAGUCAAGAUAAACCUUCUGUAACCGAGGCUAAAACAAGUGAAGCUGAACCGAGGAAAUCCCCAAGAAAACGAAGAAGCGAUGAGCUUUCCCUUCCAGAUCCGCCACCUAAAAGGAAGAGGGUCUCUUUUGGGGGACAUCUUAGUCCAGAGCUCUUUGAUAAAAGGCUGCCUCCUAACUCUCCCCUCAAAAAAGGUGCCACGCCUGCUCGAAGGAGUCUGUCUCUCAACUCUCCACGUGCUGUUAUGCGCAAAAGCUUUGGCCUUAAUCAUUCUGUUAUCAGGGAGGUCUUUGAAAAAUCUGAAAGAAAGUCUUCAGGGAAAGGUUCCCCAGCCAAGCCAUCUGCUAAAAGUCCAUCACCAGCUAGAAGAUCUGUUUCAGAGACAUCACCAGCUGUAUCUAAGACCAAUGCUGCCAAAACACAUGUGAAAAAUUCCCCGCCUAAGAAGUCUCCAGCAAAAACACCAUCCACAACCUCUACUAAGAUGACGCCAGUUAAAAACUCUCCAUCCUCAAAGUCACCAGGCAAAUCUCCUUCCUUAACUCUUAAGAAAACGCCUCUAGUAAAGUCUCCGGCCAGGAGGUCCCCAGUGGCCAAGACGCCAUCUCCGGCCAGGAGGUCCCCAGUGGCCAAGACGCCAUCUCCGGCCAGGAGGUCCCCAGUGGCCAAGACGCCAUCUCCGGCCAGGAGGUCCCCAGUGGCCAAGACGCCAUCUCCGGCCAGGAGGUCCCCAGUGGCCAAGACGCCAUCUCCGGCCAGGAGGUCCCCAGUGGCCAAGACGCCAUCUCCGGCCAGGAGGUCCCCAGUGGCCAAGACGCCAUCUCCGGCCAGGAGGUCCCCAGUGGCCAAGACGCCAUCUCCGGCCAGGAGGUCCCCAGUGGCCAAGACGCCAUCUCCGGCCAGGAGGUCCCCAGUGGCCAGGAGGUCCCCAGUGGCCAAGACGCCAUCUCCGGCCAAGAGAUCCCCAGUGGCCAGGAGGUCCCCAGUGGCCAAGACGCCAUCUCCGGCCAAGAGGUCCCCAGUGGCCAAGACGCCAGUUAAAAAAUCUCCGUCCUCAAAUUCACCAGGCAAAUCUCCUGUAACUCCUAAGAAAACGCCUACAGUAAAGACUCCGGCCAAGAGGUCCCCAGUGGCCAAGACGCCGUCUCGGGCCAAGAGGUCCCCAGUUAAAAAAUCUCCGUCCUCAAAUUUACCAGGCAAAUCUCCUGUAACUCCUAAGAAAACGCCUACAGUAAAGACUCCGGCCAAGAGGUCCCCAGUGGCCAAGACGCUGACUCCGGCCAAGAGGUCCCCAGUGGCCAAGACGCUGACUCCGGCCAAGAGGUCCCCAGUGGCCAAGACGCUGACUCCGGCCAAGAGGUCCCCAGUGGCCAAGACGCUGACUCCGGCCAAGAGGUCCCCAGUGGCCAAGACGCUGACUCCGGCCAAGAGGUCCCCAGUGGCCAAGACGCCGACUCCGGCCAAGAGGUCCCCAGUGGCCAAGACUCCCCCAGUUAAAAAAUCUCCGUCCUCAAACUCGCCAGGCAAAUCUCCUUCUGUAACUCCUAAGAAAACGCCUACAGUAAAGACCCCGGCCAAGAGGUUGCCAGUGGCCAAGACGCCAACUCUGGCCACUCCUGUUACUCCAUAUAUUAAGGGUCGAUUCUCUAUUUCACGUAUAAAUACUCCACCACAGGAACAAGUUCCAAGUAAGCUACCAGCUUCACAGACUAAGAUCUCUCGUAAAUCUCUCUCAAUGAAGAAAACUCCUCGAAGAAGCAGAAAACUUGAAGCUUUUGAACUUAUACGUUCUCGAAGGAGAAGUGGUGCCACAGAAGCCAACUUGCUUGUGUCUAAAACCUGGGCUGACGUGGUAAAAAUUGGAGUUGCCAAAACCCCAAAGAAGAUUAAUAAACCAGUACAGAAAGUGGUGCCUACGAAAAAGCAAUCAAAACAUAAGACUCCACUGAAAAAAUAUAAAGAUCUGACAAGCACAGGUCAUGCAGACUCUCCUGCCACAAUCCUUGUUGGAAGAGCUCAUACAAGAGUAGUGAAUCUAACUGGACAUGUCCCUAAAGUUGUGAGGAACCGGGCUGUAAAACUUGACACUGACCACAAUGAAAGCUUUUCUGGUGUGGCUGAAUUGUUUAGCACCCCAGCAAAUGCCAAGCAAAGAAAAAGUAAUCGAUUGGAAAGCUCUAAAAUAAACUCGCCAAAUUCUGAGGUCGUAGAGGUGUCGGUGAUGCAGACUCCAGAAGGAUCAGGUGAAAUGGUAGUUUCACCAUUAAACAGUGCUAAUACUACAAAACGUAAGCAAUAUAGUCGGGAUGCUGUGUCGAGGCUUCUGCAGAGUCCUGCCUCCCCAGAAUUGCAGUCUGAAGAGUUGUCAGAAGAAACUCCAAAAUCACAGAAGGGUAAUCGGAAGUCUGUGGGUCUCUCUGGCGUCAAACGCAUUAUGAGAACGCCUAAACAGAAAGUGGCACCGGUUACUGACAGUCAUGCAUUAAAGAAAAUGUUGAGAACACCAAAAGAAUCUGACUCCCCUCGGGCUUCUACUCGGAGAUCUGCUAACCUUGAGGUGCUUGGCAUUGACAGGCUUGUGAAAAGGCCCAAGCAAAAGGGGUUGCCUGUGGAAGAUUUCACUGGUAUCCAAAGAAUCAUGAAGACCCCUAAACAGACAGUGCAGCCUGUGGAAGAUUUUGCUGGUGUCAAACGUGUCACGAGAACACCUAAGGAAAAAGUACAACCAGUGGAAGAUAUGAUUGGAAUAAAGCGACUAAUGGCAACACCUAAGGAGAAAUCGCAGCCAGUGGAGGAUAUGGUUGGAAUAAAACGCUUAAUGAGGACCCCAAAAGUCCGUGGUCAGCCAGUGGAGGACAUGAUCGGAAUAAAGCGCAUAAUGACAACCCCUAAAGAACGGGGACAGCCAGUUGAGGACAUCGCAUUAAAUCAUUUAAUGAAUACUCCAGUUGAAAACGUUCAGUCAACUGAAAGUGCCCGUCCGAUAGAAGAAAUAUUUGGAAUAAGAAACUUGAUAAAAACGCCACCAAAGUCGAAGGCCAGAGAGGAUAUAUCAACUGUUCCCAGCAGCCGCUCUGCACAAUCAUUAGGAAACACUUCUGUGCGUCGAGGAAGACUUUCAAAACGUUUGAGCCUUCUGGAUGACACUGCUUCAGGUAAUGAAGCCCAUAAAACUGUGCAGUCGCAGAUCGAGCAAGAGCCUGUUAUACAGAGCAGCCAAGCUGUUAAAUCUACACAAAAGAGAGGGCGAUUUUCCAAGAGCCAAAUAAUUUCUUCCUCAGAAUUGCCUAAGGAGCAUGUUGCAUCUGAUGCUGAAAUGACUUCCCAAAGACGUAGAGGAAGACAAAGCUCCUCUGCUCUAGCCCCUAAAGAAUCCCUAUCAUCUGAUGCUGAGGUGACUUCCCCAAGUCGUAGAGGAAGACAAAGCUCCACUGCUGUAGCCCCUAAAGAAUCCCUAUCCAAUGCUGAGGUGACUUCCACAAGUCGUAGAGGAAGACAAAGCUCCUCUGCUCUAGCCCCUAAAGAAUCCCUAUCAUCUGAUGCUGAGAUGACUUCCCCAAGUCGUAGAGGAAGACAAAGCUCCUCUGCUGUAGCCCCUAAAGAAUCCCUAUCCAAUGCUGAGGUGACUUCCCCAAGUCGUAGAGGAAGACAAAGCUCCACUGCUGUAGCCCCUAAAGAAUCCCUAUCCAAUGUUGAGGUGACUUCCCCAAGUCGUAGAGGAAGACCAAGCUCCAUUGCUGUAGCCCCUAAAGAAUCCCUAUCCAAUGCUGAGGUGACUUCCCCAAGUCGUAGAGGAAGACCAAGCUCCUCUGCUGUAGCCCCUAAAGAAUCCCUAUCAUCUGAUGCUGAGGUGACUUCCCCAAGUCGUAGAGGAAGACAAAGCUCCAUUGCUGUAGCCCCUAAAGAAUCCCUAUCCAAUGCUGAGGUGACUUCCCCAAGUCGUAGAGGAAGACCAAGCUCCUCUGCUGUAGCCCCUAAAGAAUCCCUAUCAUCUGAUGCUGAGGUGACUUCCCCCAGUCGUAGAGGACGACAAAGCUCCACUGCUGUAGCCCCUAAAGAAUCCCUAUCCAAUGCUGAGGUGACUUCCCCAAGUCGUAGAGGAAGACCAAGCUCCUCUGCUGUAGCCCCUAAAGAAUCCCUAUCAUCUGAUGCUGAGGUGACUUCCCCAAGUCGUAGAGGAAGACAAAGCUCCACUGCUGUAGCCCCUAAAGAAUCCCUAUCCAAUGCUGAGGUGACUUCCCCAAGUCGUAGAGGAAGACCAAGCUCCUCUGCUGUAGCCCCUAAAGAAUCCCUAUCAUCUGAUGCUGAGGUGACUUCCCCAAGUCGUAGAGGAAGACAAAGCUCCACUGCUGUAGCCCCUAAAGAAUCCCUAUCCAAUGCUGAGGUGACUUCCCCAAGUCGUAGAGGAAGACCAAGCUCCUCUGCUGUAGCCCCUAAAGAAUCCCUAUCAUCUGAUGCUGGGGUGACUUCCCCAAGUCGUAGAGGAAGACAAAGCUCCACUGCUGUAGCCCCUAAAGAAUCCCUAUCCAAUGCUGAGGUGACUUCCCCAAGUCGUAGAGGAAGACCAAGCUCCUCUGCUGUAGCCCCUAAAGAAUCCCUAUCAUCUGAUGCUGAGGUGACUUCCCCAAGUCGUAGAGGAAGACAAAGCUCCACUGCUGUAGCCCCUAAAGAAUCCCUAUCCAAUGCUGAGGUGACUUCCCCAAGUCGUAGAGGAAGACCAAGCUCCUCUGCUGUAGCCCCUAAAGAAUCCCUAUCAUCUGAUGCUGAGGUGACUUCCCCAAGUCGUAGAGGAAGACAAAGCUCCACUGCUGUAGCCCCUAAAGAAUCCCUAUCCAAUGCUGAGGUGACUUCCCCAAGUCGUAGAGGAAGACCAAGCUCCUCUGCUGUAGCCCCUAAAGAAUCCCUAUCAUCUGAUGCUGGGGUGACUUCCCCAAGUCGUAGAGGAAGACAAAGCUCCACUGCUGUAGCCCCUAAAGAAUCCCUAUCAUCUGAUGCUAAGGUGACUUCCCCAAGUCGUAGAGGAAGACAAAGCUCCACUGCUGUAGCCCCUAAAGAAUCCCUAUCAUCUGAUGCUGAGGUGACUUCAACUCAUCGUGGAAGACCUAAAGCUCUCCCAGAAAACCCUAAGGAAACUGUUCCCAUUGCUGAUGACAAGGUGGUUUCUCCAACUCGUAAAGGAAGACUAAGUACCACUGCUGAAGCACAUAAGGAGUCUUUGCUCAGUGAAGCAACAUCCCCAAAACGUAGAGGAAGAACAAGCACCUCUUCAGUUACCAAUGAAUCUGUUCUGUUGACUUCCCCAGUAUCUAAGGAAAGACCUAGCACCACCACUGAAGUGGUCAAGGAAUCUCUUACUGUUUCUGAAGUUACUUCAUCAGCUCGCCGUGGAAGACCCCAAAAAAGCGUAGCACCAGUACUGGAGGUGUCUGUUCCUAUUGCACAGACUAAGCUGGCAUCCCCAGCACGUAAAAAGAAACCCAGCAUCCUACCAGAAAUUUCCAAGGAGUCUGUUGCUGAUUCUGCCAGAGAUGUUACAUCUCCUAAUCAUAGUGGAAUUACCAAGGAUCCCACUGAAGGCAAGACAGUAUUACAGACACGCAGGGGAAGACCAAAGUCCAAGGUAGAUUUGUCCCAAAAGGCUUCAGCUCCCGAGGUUCAAGUGACUCGUGGAAGUAGGUCUAAAGUCACUGCUGAAUUAUCUGUUUCAGUGUUAGAUGAGUUGCCAACUACCCAGACACGCGGAUUAAGACAAAAAGCCGCAGGACAAGCUGCUAAAGUGUCUGCUUCCAUCCCUAAGGUUAAUGUAAGUUUGCCAACACGCGGAAGCAGGUCUAAAGGACUUGUGGAGGCACCAGAGGAUUCCAUACCGGUCUUGAAUGACAAGCCUGUUAUUCAGAAAGAAAGAGGAAAGACAAAAGUUACAGACAGUACAAAGGAGUCUGUUUCAAUUGAUAGUGAGGCAACUGCACCAACACGUGGAAGUCAGUCUAAGGUUACAACAGAGGAAUCUGGUCCAGCUGUAGAAGAAGUAACUUCACAGAGGCGCAGAGGAAGGCUUAGAAGGGCAGACAAGCUUGAAGAAUCUACAGGUUCUGAAGAUGUGGCUUCAUCUGUGGAGGAAGCGAGUGCUAAAGGCACAGAAGGUGGUAUUUCUGCUAAAGUUACCUCGCCCACACGCAAGGGUAGAUCUAGGAACACAGAAUUGCCCAAGACGACAGCACCGAUUGCUGAUGAGGCUACAUCAACUAAACGAAAGAGGCAACCUGAGACUACUGAAGGAGAGUCUGAUUCGUCACAAAGACUGUCUCUAGAUGCAAAUGAAAAGACUGCCAAAUCAACUAAGAAAGCUGUUCGUCAGAAUGUCAGGUCAUCAAAGCAGAUUGCAGAUGAACACCUACAAACACCAGAACCUCAAGAGUCCAUAGCUCCAGUUGCAGAAAAGAAAAGCCAGCUACCUCCCUCAAGAGGAAGAAGAAAAGCCGUGCAAACUGAACCAGUACCUUCUGGAGGAGAUCCUAAUUCAAGUUUGGAAAAUGAACAACCUGAAGCGUUACCUGUUCAAACGUCACCUUUGCCCAGAAGAGCUGGAAGACGUAAGAACGCAGAAGAACUUUCCAGUAUUGAGCCUGAUGUUGCUAAACCAAAGACAUCCAAACAGGAAACCAGAAGCAGGGGCCAAUCAAAGUCCAAGAGUUCAACAGAGAUUGUGGUAGAAGAUUUAGCUGCUUCAAAAGAGCCAGUUAAGAGCCCAGAGCCCAAAUCCCCCAAAAGAGCAGCUAGGCAAACAAAGGACUUGGUGACUGAACCUCCAGCUGAAAGCAAGCCUAAGAGUUUGCGUGGACGACCAAACAAAAGCAGAGAUCUCUCUCCUGAGGCAACAAUUUUGGCCAGUUCUGAAGCGGUGGUAUCUAAAAUUGAGGUCUCUCAGAAGGCAUUACCAGCAAGGGGAAGACCUAGAACUGCAAGAGACAUUGGCAAUGUAUCUGUUUCUGAUGCUGAUGAACAGACAAAGGAAUCUAGCGCUAAACAGCAAAGAGGUUCAAGAAGAAAUCAGCGUUUACAGGAAGAGUCCAGUGCAAGUCAUGAAGAUCAGACUAAACCUGCUGCUUCAGAGGAUACAGAACCUAAAAGAAGGGGGACACGGGGUAAAAAAUUAGACACUGAUGAGCCUCAGUCAGCCCCUGAAGUAAAGGGUAGAAAGAAUGCAAGAGGUAAAACUGUACAACAUACGGAUGAACAGACUGUUGCUAAAUCACAGGCAAAAUCUGUACAAUGGCACCCUCUGCUGGCCACUGAAAUUCAAAACACAACAGAAGCAUCUUCUCAGGAGUCCAAUGAGAUGUCUACAAGAGGUGGUAGAUCUAAGGUAAAGGCUAGACCUGAUGCAUCAGAGCUGCAACUUCCUGUUAAGAGAUCUCGUAGAGGAAACAAUCAAGCAGAAGCUGAGGAGAUUUCCGCAUCAACCAGCCCUGAAUCUCAGAUGUCAGAUGUUGCGCCUCCUAAAAGAGGCAGAAAGGCAGUUGUGCAUGAGAAAGGAGAAGAUACAGAUGAAAAAUUAGCAAAGAAGUCCACGAAUUCUACAGAAGUUGUUCACAAAAGUCCACAACGGAGCCGACGAGGAGCGUCUUCUAAGGUAUUAGAUAGUGAAAAUAAUAAAGUUAAUUAUGUUGAACCGUCCACUUCAAGAAGGCAGAGAGGAGCAAUGGCUAGUAAGACACCCCCAGAAAAUGAAAGUACCCAAUCACCUGUUAAAUCGAAAAGGGGAGGCUCAGGUAAAGCUAAAGCUGAUGAAAGUUUGACAAAGUCUACAAGGGGAGUGAAAAGGAAACUGCCGAACACUGAAGCAAAAAGUGCACCUCUUGAUGAAACUCCUUCCCAAGCAAGCGAGUCCAUACUAAUGGAAAAAGAAAAUAUUCCUGCUGGUCGUGGUAGGAAAAAUCAAAGAAGUACCAAAACACAGAAAGAAGAACUUAAAGAGGCGCAGCCAGAAAAGCCAUCUGUGACCUCUGAAUCGCCUGCAAAGAAAAGAAAAACAGAGGCAGCUCCCACAAAAAGAAGCUCAAGACAACAGACGUCUAAACUUGAGAAUGAGAAGCCGUCCGCUGCAACAAAAACCCGAACAAGCACACGGAGCAGGAAAUAGCAGAGAGCCGUCCGUCCUCCUCCUCCUUGUAAAUUAAAUUAUACAAUUUUCGAACGGAUCACUAAAAAAAAAGUUCUUAAAGUGGUUUAACAGAAUUCUAGAUGUUUUAAUUCCUUAGGACUGCUUAAUCGUUUUCAAUGGAAUUGUACAUUUUUAUAUUCUAAAUUUUUUUAAUCUUAUUUUUGUCAUAAAAGAAGUUUAAGCUUUACAUUUUAUGCAGAUGGCUGGAUGAAAGGGAAUGAAUGCUUUGUGGCUGUUUCUGAAAUUCAAUUUAACAUGGUAAUUUUUUUAUUUUCAUUUUGCCGUACUCGUGUUAGAUUCCUGUACAUGUUGAGUACACAGAAUUUGCUGGUCUUUUUAUAUAUUGCUUUUGCUGUGGUUCAUAAUAAAAUAUUGGAAUGAUUAUUAUUAUUUUUUUUACUAACAUGUUACAUUUGUAAUUUGCCUUGCUGAAUGUGAUGCAAAGAUUGUAAUCAAAUCAUUCCAUUUUGUGGCUUCCUGUAAUUAUGCCAUACACUGUCUUAAGUCAGUUUUAACCACACAUAUUUAAGUUUUUGUAUUUUUUAAUAUGGGGAGAUUCAUAUAUGUAAUAUAUAUCUAGACAUGUCUGGGGUUUUCUGAGAUUAAUCAGAUAGCACUGCCCUUAUCAAUAGACCAUGUCAGGUGUUGCACCUCAUUCCCAUUAAAGAGGAUGAAGCCAAACUGCAAUACUAGACAUGGCCUAAUAGAUGAGUGCCUUUUGUUUCUGCAAAAUGUUCUUUCCUUUCCCAGAAAACCCCUUUUAUUCUGUACUUUGUGGCUGUGAUUUCUGUGCGUUCUUAUUUUUCAAAUAUUUCAUUAGCUGCAGCGACAGCCCAGGAAUUGUGAAUGAGCAUGAAAGGCCUUUUUUCAUGGGAAUGUAGCGUAGGAUCUUUUGCGUCCUGUAAUGCCUUUGAUACCAUGAGGAGGCCUUCACAACAAAUGUUCAACUGGUCCUUUUUAAAAAAUGGUGUACAUAUAAUUCCAAACAUGGAAUUGAGUUUUCGUUUGUGUUUUAAUGUAUGGAAAAAAAAAAUAAAAAGCUGACUUGCAAUGUUA